UGAUUUUUGUGGUGUCGCAAACGGCUUGCUCAGGACAACGGCGAUGACGGCAGCGGUGUGUGUUGUUGUGUUGUGUGUUGUUGUGGUUGUUGUGAUUGGUUGUGGUUCAGUGGCGGCAGCAGUGACACUGGACAGCGACGUGGAACGACAUGGGGCGUUGAGCCAGAGCCCGUGUGUGCGAAAGGACCUGAUCAACCUCGUGUCGCAGUGCGCGACGCGGAACGAAGGCUUCUUGAAAUGCGUGACACGAGGGAACCAAGGGUCCUUGCAGCAAUGCGCUUGCUUGCAGCAGCACGAGGAAAUGCACGAGUGCCUGGGCGAAUGCUGGGACACUGUCCUGAACCUCCUCUGUCAACGCAGCUGGCAUCCUCGUAGCUCAAAGUAUCUGGAGUACACUGGGGAGCGCAUGGCCUUGGAAGGUAUUGAUGGUAUCUAUGUGAUCAACCUUCCGCGGCGCCGUGACCGGCUCGCUCGCUUCCUCAACGCAUCUCCGUUUGAGACUGGCGACUACCACCUCGUCACGGCCUUUGACGGGCGCGAGCUCACGUGGGACAGCCACCUGCAGCGGCUGUUUGCCAACAACAAGUUCAAGUGGCGGCGUGGCCUUGUUGGGCAGGCCUUGAGCCACUAUCUCAUCUGGCGACACAUUGCAGAGUCCAGGGAUGAGUUCCACCUCAUUCUCGAGGAUGACGUUGUGUUCACGCCCGGCAUGGUUGAGCGAUGGAACAGCAAGAUGCACCACGCAUUCCCGCUCGACGCCCAGGUCAUCUUCCUUGGCGGCCUGCUGGAGAGCAACAGGGACGCGUAUCUCUCCGGCGACGUGGUGAAGCGCGUCUCGCCAUACUUCUGUGAACACCUCCCCAACACCUACUUUACACACGACUUUGACCCGAGCAUCGAGCCAGGCAAGAAGGACGAGCCCACAAAGGCAUUCCAUUACAAGCCAGUCGCCUACAUCCUCUCCAGCAAGGGCGCAAGGGACCUCGUUGCCUUUGUCAAGCAACACGGCUUUGUUCAACCUGUUGGAGUGAUGCUGAUGAAGCUGAUGCGCCAGUGGGAGCACGUGUAUGCCACGUUCCCCCUCAUCGCUGCCGAGGACAACGCCAAUCCCGCCUUUGUCGGCGGCGUCGACUCGGAUAUACAGUUUGACCUCCACCCAAUCUCCAAUGUGUCCCACCCUCAGCAGCAACAGCAGCAACAGCAGCAACAGCAGCAACAGCAACAACAGCAGCAGCAACAACAGCAGCAGUACAACACUGGCUCAUCACAUUCUCCUUUGCCAUCUCCAUCCGCUACGAGCACCACUUCGCACCAGUCUGCGGUGCAGUCACCACCACCUACAUUUUCCCAUUCUCUGCCACACAGCAGCAGACACAGCAGCAGCAGCAGCAGCGCGGCGUCUUCAUCGCACAUGGUGCACAGCACUGCUGCUAGCAGUCCUAUUCCCGCGUCAUUCUCCCGCUUCCACACACCAGCAGCCAGCAUGCCCACGACAGCAACAGCGACAGCGACAGCAGUGGAAAGCAGCAGCAGUCGGUGGGCCGGUGCUUCUUCCUCUGUUGCUGCGUCACCAGAGCCGUCGCCACUGCCAGCACAGCCUGUGCACGCACACCCGCACCACGCAAGCGCACCACGCGAUGAGCCAGCGAUGGAGCAUGAGACGCCCCAAUACAAUGCCGGUGGUGGUGGUCGUCGUCUUGGCAAUGCAACACUCGAGGAAUCUGCAUAUGCAUUUGGUGCUCUCACCAUGCCCGUGGCUGUGAUCAACCUCCCCUCCAGCCACGACAGGCUCGCUCGCUUUGCUGCAGUCGCCAGCGCGGCUGGCCUGCCAUUCUUCGUGUAUGAGGCGACAGAUGGACGCGACCUGUCGUACGAUCGCCUGCUCGACCGCAGCCUCAUCUCAGACGUGGUUCCACGGGAGCGGUUGGGCACGGUUGCGCAGGCGCUGUCGCACUUGCUGCUCAUGGAGAAACUUGUCAAGACGACGUUUGAGGCCGGCAUUAUCUUCGAGGACGACGCAAGCUUCAACGGCAACUUGCCGCUCGCGCUGUCGCAGCUGCUGGCGAUGGCGCCGGAGGACUGGGACCUCAUCUCCCUGGCGUGCGAUCCAGACACAUGUGCACAUGGGGAGAAGGUGUCUGACUGGUUCUUCAGGCCAACGCCAGAGUGCGAGGUUGGCUCUGUUGGGUAUGCGGUGAAGAGGAAGACGGCCAUGGAAAUGAUCCAAGAUCUCAUUCCCGUCAGCGCCCGCAUCAGCGAUUCGUUCUCCAGCCCGCUGUUCCUGGCCAACUACAACGUGUAUUGCUUGGAGCCGCGCGUUGUCGUGCAGCAAAACCUCAGGCCAGACAGGAGACUGCGCGACGCUGCUUGAGACGUGAUACGCAAAAGGAAGGAAGGAGGGGGAGGAGGAGUUAACCGUGCCUUUUAUAGUUGGAGAAACGGACGACGUUCAAAGCUCUUAUGUACAGGUCAAAACACACGCGCGAAC